AGUCGGUUCAGUGUACACUUGACAGUGAAGCUGAGCAAAAGUUGUUUCCGCAAGCGUUCACACUGGCUCGACCAGAGUGUUCGAGAGCGUGUCGCGUGUGUGAGAGAGAAAGACGAGGUGCCUUAGUACGCUGGUGAGUGCCUUCAUUAGGACCUUCUCACUUGCCGCUGUAGUACAGCUGGUGAGAUGCGAAUGCCGUGUGCGGUACUCAAACGGUGUCGGUGGCCGGCAUUAUUACUGGCAGCCCUGCAUUUUGCAAGCUGCUCCGUAAACGCAGAAGGAUUCGAGGACGAUGAGUGUAAGCUACACACUGGUGAGCAGGGUAUAUGCCGGCUGGCUAGUAACUGUGCCUGGUUGCGGCCGGCACUGCGUGCACACGAGAUCACACACAAGCAGCUGGUCAACUGUGGGUUCGAUCGCGAAGAACCGAUUAUCUGCUGCCGUACCACCGAUGUACCUUCAAUCAAAGCGGAACGGGUUGGCGUGCGGCCAGCGGUGAAGGCCUGCUCGAUGUACGAUGGCAAACGGUCGCAGCUGUCGUACCACAUCAUCGGUGGCAGCGAAGCGGACAGUGGUGACGUCCCGUUUAUCGGUGCACUGGGGUACAAGGGACAGGACACCGAGGCGUACAAGUGGGCGUGCGGUAGUAGCCUGAUCACGCCCCUGUUCCUGGUCACGGCAGCACACUGCAUUGCCACCAUCCACGGUGACCCGGUGGUAGUGCGGAUGGGCACGCUCAACCUGAUGGCACCCGUCGAUCCGGAUGAAGUUCAGGAUCGCCCAAUUAAGAAAAUUAUUGUACACCCGAAGUACAAAACCAGCCAGAAGUAUGACGACAUCGCACUGUUGGAGGUAGAGAGCCCGUUUCAGUUCGACGCCGUAGUACAGCCGACCUGUCUGCAUACGGAGGACACCGAUCUGGACGCUUCCACCACACUGUAUGCCGCUGGUUGGGCAGUGCCAGCGAAGGGAGAUGCGUGCGAGCUACGCGACGGAACUGCUGGCGUCUGCACGGAUGCGACGGCCUGUCCCUGGUUUCUGGAGGAGAUCGUUAAGAAACGCCGCUUUGCCGACCGUGUCUCGUGCGGGUUCGAUGGGCUGGUGGAGGUGAUCUGCUGCAAAACGAACGGUACCGCCGGUGCCCACCCGUUGGGCGUACGGUCCCGGCUGGCCUGUGAGCAGGUGCCAAAGUACUCCUCACGCCUGACCUUUCACAUCAUCGACGGUGAGGAGGCAAGCGAGGGUGAGUUCCCGUUCAUGGCGGCCCUCGGCUACCCGACGGACGAUGAGGCCCAAAAUGUAAGCUACCGGUGCGGGGCGAGCCUCAUAUCGACCGAUUUUCUGCUCACCGCUGCCCACUGCAUCCCGAUGAGCGAUCGGCCAACGGUAGCGAUUCUCGGCACCAACAAUCUUGCCCCCGGCAAUCACGGUGUGGUGGUGGGCAUAAAGGCAUUCUUCCCGCAUCCGGAGUAUAGGACCAACCGUAACUAUCACGACAUCGCACUGAUACAGCUUGAGCGCAGGAUCGAAAAUGAGCCGGACGUGAACCCGAUCUGCCUGAAUGACGAUCUGCAGGAUCUGCCCGAGGAUACGGUACUCACCGCGGAAGGUUACGGUAUCAUCGAUCUGGAUCGUAACCUGCGGUCGAACCAGCUGAUGAAGGUAAACCUUACGACGGUACCGUGGCAAAAGUGCAACCAAAGCUUCGCGGACAGCAAUCUGCUCAAGAACAACCGGAAGCUGCCGCAGGGUAUCGUCGCGACGCAGUACUGCGCAACCGGGCGGGAAAACGAAGAAACGAAGGUGGUCGGUGACACGUGCCAGGGCGAUUCCGGUGGACCGCUGCAAAUACUGGACGAUGGCAAGUACAAGCUGGUUGGUGUUACCUCGUUCGGGAACGGUUGCGGCAGUAAUACGCCCAGUGUGUCCACCCGUGUCGCUGCCUACAUCGAAUGGAUCGAGAGCAUCGUGUGGGCAUAAUCGGAUUGUCAGGGCGUGUGUGUGUGUGUUAGAGAUACUUCAUCCAAAUAGAUUUCUUUGAACGUUGGUUUAUGAACCUGGAGCAACGGUUAGAAUUUUAAGCAAACAGAGGGAGAGAAAAAGAUGAAUACUCAAUGAUGCAGCUCGGACUGGAAUGUGUGCAAGAUACCUAAGUACACUGCAUUUGUAUACUAGAAACAUAUAAAAAAAACUAUGUAAAAUCUAGUUUAAAACGGA